AAAAAUGUCCCAUUGAAAACCACUGAAAAUGACAUUUUUGAUCCCACAUUUAUCUGAACAUUAACUAGUUCUAGUAGUAGUAUUAACUAGUAGUAUUAACUAGACAGUUCAUGCAGAAAGGAGUGAUAUUGUUCUUCAUCUCUCCAUCUUACACUGCUCUGUCUGAUUCUCCAUGUCAUAUGGGAUGGCUGUGUUAAUGCAGUAUGGUCUCGUUAACAAUGACAGCAAAUGUAAUAGCAACUGAGAGAACUAUGGUUAUUCUAUGAACAAGCCUUAAAUCAGACUUUAAUGCAGAAACCAACCUCUCUGACCGGUGAUGGGCCAUCCCAGCAAGUCUGACCGGUGACAGGCCAUCCCACCAACUCUGACCUGUGACGGGCCAUCCCACCAACUCUGACCUGUGACGGGCCAUCCCACCAACUCUGACCUGUGACGGGCCAUCCCAUCAACUCUGACCUGUGACGGGCCAUCCCACCAACUCUGACCUGUGACGGGCCAUCCCACCAACUCUGACCUGUGACAGGCCAUCUCACUGACCCUGACCUGUAAUGGGCCAUGCGUUAAACAACAAAGUUCAGGCGGGACGAAGAGAAAGAGAGGGGCAGUAGAGAACGAAGAAUUAUGCUGACUGGUACUUGUUUUUAAUAUGGUCAAGCCUACAGGCUUUAUUAGAAACACAGAGUUUGUUUAAGGCAGCCCUCCUCUGAAACAUGACUCCUUAAGCCAGUCCGAUCUAUCACCGGUAGCAGGUCCCAUCCUUGCCAUCGUGUCACCUGAGCUCCACGCACAGAGGGCCAUGCAUGGCGGAUUGACAGUCAGCUUGUCUUUAAUAAUGUGACACAAAUAAAAAAUAUGAAGAGUGGACAUGAACCUCAACCCUCUGGACUUCGUUGAGUCUGAAGGAUUUGAGAGGUGUAUUAAAGGAAGUGCUGAAGCAGCUGCAGGGCACCAUAGAAGAGGAGUCUGGAGAAGCAUCUGGAUCUCAGCUGGAGCUCAUUGAGAGGCUGAAGGAGAUGAGCCUUGACUCUGCAGGCUUUAAACCCAGGUCAAGACCUCCUCUGCCCCCCUCAUCCUCCUCCAGCUCAGCCUCUUCUGGAUCUGGAGCUCCAGUAGGAGGGGCUGCAGGUCCACAGAUUCCCCCAACAUUCCCCAGGAGAGGGCUGCCGUCUGCAGGCAGAGACAGCCACGACCGCUGCCUGGAGGAGCUGGAAAAGGAGAGGUCUCUCCUAUUGGCUGAGCUGGAGAAGGAGGAGAAGGAGAAGGACUGGUACUACGCUCAGCUCCAGAAUCUGACCAAGAGGAUUGACAGCCUGCCGCUCACUGAGAACUUCACUCUGCAGACGGAUAUGAGUCGUCGUCAGCUGGAGUUUGAAGCUCGUCAGAUCCGCUCGGCCAUGGAGGAACAGCUGGGUUCAUGUCAGGAGAUGGAGAGGAGGGCCCAGGCUCGUGUGGCUCGUAUUCAGCAGAUAGAAAAGGACAUCCUGCGGCUGGGAGCUCGACUGCAGGUGGAGGAUGCUCAGGGGGCGAGCGACAGCAGUGGAUUGGCUGGAGCUCAGAGCUCCAGCAGUCGAUUGGACCCCGAACCAGCUAAUGAGGCGAGCUAUUCUGUGCCUCGACGAAUCACUAGCCACCUUGGAACUAAGGUGGAGAUGGUUUACAGUCUUCUGUCCAUGCUGGGAACUCAUGAUAAAGACGACAUGUCGCGGACGCUCCUCGCCAUGUCAAGCUCUCAGGAUUCAUGCAUUGCCAUGCGUCAGUCAGGUUGUCUGCCACUGCUUAUCCAGCUGCUUCAUGGGAACGACAAGGACUCCCUGUUGCUAGGUAACUCUCGGGGAAGUAAAGAGGCGCGUGCACGGGCGUCGGCAGCGCUUCACAAUAUCGUUCACAGUCAACCGGAUGACAAGCGAGGGCGCCGUGAGAUCAGAGUUCUCCACCUGCUGGAACAGGUGCGUCAUUACUGCGAGGCAUGCUGGAGUUGGCAGGAGAACCACGAGAGGGGCGUCGACCAGGAGGACAAUCCCAUGCCGUCUCCUGUGGAGCACCAGAUCUGUCCUGCCGUCUGCGUCCUGAUGAAGCUGUCCUUUGACGAGGAACAUCGGCACGCCAUGAACGAGCUGGGUGGCCUUCAGGCGGUGGCGGAGCUUCUGCAGGUGGACUGUGAGAUGUUUGGUCUAAGCAGUGAUCAUUAUAGCGUCACGCUGCGACGGUAUGCGGGCAUGGCGCUCACUAACCUCACCUUUGGAGACGUAGCCAAUAAGGCCACGCUGUGCUCCAUGAAGGGCUGCAUGAGAGCAAUGGUCGCCCAGCUCAAGUCUGACAGUGAAGACCUGCAACAGGUGAUUGCGAGCGUGCUCAGGAACUUGUCAUGGCGUGCUGAUGUCAACAGUAAGAAAACGUUGCGGGAAGUUGGCAGCGUGCGAGCGCUGAUGGGCUGCGCCCUUGAAGUCCAAAAGGAGUCAACUCUAAAGUCAGUACUGAGCGCGCUCUGGAACCUCUCCGCCCACUGCACCGAGAACAAGGCGGACAUCUGCGCCGUGGAUGGAGCACUCGCCUUCCUGGUGGGAACGCUGACACACCGUAGCCACACCAACACCCUCGCCAUCAUUGAGAGCGGUGGAGGAAUCCUAAGGAACGUGUCAAGCCUCAUUGCCACCAAUGAGGCACACAGGCAGAUCCUUCGUGAACACGGUUGCCUGCCAACGCUUCUGCAGCACCUGAAGUCUCACAGUUUGACAAUUGUGUCCAACGCCUGCGGGACGCUCUGGAAUCUGUCUGCCAGAGACGCCAAAGACCAGGAGGCAUUAUGGGAGCUGGGUGCUGUGGGAAUGCUGCGAAACCUCAUCCACUCUAGGCACAAGAUGAUUGCCAUGGGAAGUGCUGCUGCUCUCCGAAACCUGAUGGCCAACCGGCCAGCUCGCUAUAAAGAUGCCAGCGUGCUGUCCCCAGGCGCCGGCGCCCCUUCACUGCAUGCCCGUAAACAGAAGGCUUUGUUUGAGGAGCUCGACGCCCAGCAGCUGUCGGAAACCUUCGACAACAUUGACAACUUGAGCCCUAAGGCAGCACACAGAAAGGGGCGGGGUUGUAAUGGCGUCGGAGGAGCAGGUAGCUCAACACGCUCCUAUGCAAACACACCGGUGCUCUCCAGCCCCAAGAAUGGAGAUGGAUCCAAGAGAAGUGGUGAGGACUCAGGCUACACUCGGCCUGUGUUCCCACCUAGUGUGCGAGCGUCUAGUGACAGCCUCAACAGCGUGACAAGUGCUGAUGGGUACGGGAACCGUGGGAAGACCAAACCGUCUUCAGAGCCGUUCUACCCGUCGGAUGAGAGCGAAGCUAAUAAGUGCUGUGUCUACAGGAAGUACCCUGCUGACCUAGCCCACAAAAUCCGCAGUGCCAACCACAUGGCAGAUGAUGAUGGGGCGGAGCUUGACACGCCCAUCAACUACAGCCUGAAGUACUCAGAUGAACAGCUGAAUUCUGGGAGACAGAGUCCCAGUCAUCGUAGUGCCAUCGAGAGCGAUGAGGACGACCAGCAGGAAGGCCGACUGAGGAGAAGAAACGAUGGUGCCGACUCUGCAGCCAGCAGUCGCAUCGUUUCUGUCCCGCCACGCUACGCUGCUGCUGCCAAGUCCAACUAUGGCGGCGACCCGACAGGAGAACAGCCCAUAGACUACAGUCUGAAGUACGUCUCAGACGCUCCCCGUAAACCGGCAUUCAAACCUGAAGAAACAGCAGCCCCCUCGGUGGCCACACCUCCCUCAUCUUCUGCCAACAAGCUCCGCCCCCCUCCACCAGCUUCGGGUCGUCCGGCCCCCAAAAGUAACCAGGAGUCCACACAGACCUACUGUGUUGAGGACACGCCUAUCUGCUUCUCCAGAGGCAGCUCACUGUCGUCGCUGUCUUCAGAGGAGGAGGAGGAGGACGGUGAUGUCACAGGAAGAAAGAGGAGGGGCGGGAAUGUAGUUAGUGGUGGUGGCGGCGGGAGUAACGACUACCCCACACUUCCUGUCAGCGAGAAGGACGCUCAUGAGCAGCACCAGAGGCAGCAGAAAGAGGCGGAGAGCCAGACCGCUGCUGUGGCUCCCUCCACACGCGGGAGGCGUGGUCAUCAUCAUCAUCAUCACCAUGGCCAUGCCCACCACCAUCACCACCAUCAUAUGACCUCCUCAGGCGCCAGGACUCCCAAGAGUCCUCCGGAGCUUCCGUAUGCUCAGGAGACGCCGUUAAUGUUCAGCCGCUGCACCUCCGUCAGCUCCCUGGACAGCUUCUCCACCUCCUCCAUCGCCAGCUCAGUGCGCUCCAGCGAACCGUGCAGCGGGAUGCCAAGCGGUGUGGUCAGCCCUAGCGACCUCCCAGAUAGCCCAGGUCAGACCAUGCCUCCGAGUCGUGCCAAGACGCCGCCGUUACCACCAGCGCCGCAAAAGACUAAAGAAGAAGACAAAGCUCAAAAGAAGGAAGAAGAGGAGAGCAGCGCAGACGUCUUGCUGCACUUUGCGACCGAGAGCACGCCACACGGCUUCUCCAGAGCCUCCAGUCUGAGCGCGCUCAGUGUGGAUGAACCCUACAUUGCAGCAGAGAUGAAGAAGAAGGACGAGCAGGCAGGCAGCGCUGAGGACAGGAAAGAGGAAGUGUCAAAGCCUAUCCUGGACGAAUCAGACGACGAUGACGACAACGAGAUUCUGGAAGCAUGCAUCAACAUGGCCAUGCCCAAAUCGUCACGGAAACCAAAGAAACAGCAACAAGCGGCACCAAGGAAACCCAGCCAGCUUCCUGUCUACAAGCUCCUCCCACCUCAAAGCCGUGCCCAAUCACAGCCAAGGAAGGAGCUGCCACCACCGGAGGAGGUCCCCCGGGUUUAUUGUGUGGAAGGAACGCCACUGAACUUCUCCACCGCCACAUCGCUCAGUGACCUCACCAUCGACUCGCCGCCCAAUGAAAUGGCGGUAACAGUGGCAAGCUUAGCUCCGCCCACCUCUGCCCAGAGGAGGCGUGCUGGACUUCCUGAGGGUGAAAACGGUGAUGACAUCCUUGCCGAGUGCAUCAGUGCAGCCAUGCCCAAAGCCAAACCCCGAAAACCUGUCAGAGCCCCACCCAGCUCAGACGUCCUGCAGGCGCCGCCCCUCCCCCCACCUCCCCCUCCCUUGGCCCCACCUACUCAGCAGCAGCAGCAGAAGAAGAAGCCAACAUCUCCAGUGAAGCCAAUGCCUCAAAGAGCUGCCUAUGUCGCCACGGUGACAGCUGCCAAAGCCAAGCCAGGAUUCGCCUUUGACUCACCUAGACACUACACGCCCAUCGAAGGUACACCAUGCUGCUUCUCACGCAAUGACUCACUGAGCUCGCUCGACUUUGACGAGGAUGACGGUGCAGAGCGGGACGAAGAUGAGAAAAAGACUAAAGAUGAAGACAGCAGGAAACGGAAGCAGCAGACUGCUGCGGUUUUCCCCCGAACCAAACCGGCGGCGACCACGAUAGCGUCUGAUGAGAAGCAGAAGUUCGCCAUCGAGGACACACCUGUCUGCUUCUCCAGGAACUCAUCUCUGAGCUCACUGAGUGACAUUGACCAGGAGAACAACAACAAGGAGUUUGCCGCGCCACCCCCACCGCCAAGGCAGGAAGGAAGCAAAACAGCCACAGAGGCCCCACCUCCACAGGCAGAGCUAAAGCCUCGUCCCCCUGCUACCACUGGCUAUGCUCCAAAAGCGUUUCAUGUGGAGGAUACGCCCGUCUGCUUCUCCAGGAACUCCUCCCUCAGCUCGCUGAGCAUCGACUCAGAGGAUGACCUCCUGCAGGAAUGCAUCAGCUCAGCCAUGCCCAAGAAGAAGAAGAAGGCUGCCGCGGCCGCUAUAGCCACCACAUCUGCCGCCCCCACCAUCCCUGCUGCCCCCACCGCCCUAGCGCCACUUCCUGAACCCAAAGCCGAAGACAGCAUCCUAGCCGAAGAGGAACCAUCGGAGACACCAUCUGAGGAACCGUCAGAGGAACCCUCAGAGGUGCCCAGAAGCCCUGCCUCCCCUGACUCAGAGUCCUUUGAUUGGAAGGCCAUCCAGGAAGGUGCAAACUCCAUUGUCAGCAGUCUGAAUGCCGCCGCUGCUGCCGCCUCCUCGCUCUCCCGCCAGCCAUCAUCAGACUCUGACUCAGUCCUGUCCCUGAAGUCUGUGGGCUCGCCGUUCCGCCUGCCGACAGCCAAUCAGAGCACAGAGGAGCCGGAGGAGGAGGGGAAGGAGGUGAAGAGAGGGGCGAGGAUCCUGAAGGCAGGAGAACGCACCACACUGGACGCCAAGAAGGAGGAGGAGGAGGAGGAGUCUAAGGCCCUGAGAGGUGGAAAAAAGGUCUACAGAAGUCUGAUCACAGGAAAACCUAGGGCGGAGCCAGCAGCCAGAGGGCGGAGCAAGCCCAGGGCUGCUGCUGUGGCGAAAGCUCCAGGAAGCAGCGAGGGUAUGGACAAAGGGGGCGGGUCCUCCCGGGACUCUACCCCAUCUCGCUCCUCAGUAGCAGCCAAUCAGAAGGGAGGAAAGCUGUCAGCUCUGCCACGCACUGCGUCCCCAGGAAGUGCCUCUUCGUCGUCAUCAGCCUCCAAAACCAACAAACAGAGCGCCGCAACGAGGGGCAGCGGCCUUCCACGGAGCGAGUCUGCAUCACGAGUGGGUUCUUCAGCCACUAAGAAGCAGAAGCCGGAGCCAGAGAAACCGGCACUGGUCCGUCAGUCCACCUUCAUCAAAGAAACGCCCAGUCCCACCCUGAAGAGGAAGCUGGAAGAGACGGCGCCACCGCCCAGCGAGCUGCUGUCCAGCCCUGAGACGCCGUUACCACUGACAACCAGGAGACACGACGUCAACCGCUCACACUCCGAGAGCCCAUCACGGCCACAGGAAGUGACAUCAUCACGCUUCAGCCGCACAGGAACCUGGAAAAGAGAAAACGGCGGGGCAGGAGGAGGUGGGGCGGGUGGCAAACAUUCGACGUCUCUUCCACGCGUAGGGACGUGGAAGAGGACGGGAAGCUCCUCCUCUGUACUUUCUGCAUCAUCAGAGUCCAGUGAGAAGGGACGGAGCGAGGAGGAGGGAGCUGCCAGGUCGAAGGGCACCUGGAGGAAGACUAAGAGUGGGGAAGGGGGGCGGAGCUUCACAGAUAAAUCAGAGGACGUUUGGGUCCGACUGGAGGACUGUCCUGUCAAUAACCCACGCUCCGCCUCUUCCUGUUCAGCUCGCUCCCCUACUGCCAAUGCCCCACCUGUCAUCGACAGCCCCGCCCCCUCUAAGAUUCCCUCCUCGUCAUCUUCCUCCUCCUCCAACCUCAACCUGAGGCGGAGCCUGGAGAGCCUUGACGACAAACCACCACCUGAGCGCCAUCAACCACCGCCAUCGCAGCAGCAGCGCGCUCAGCAGCGCAGCGGCGCUGUGGCGGCUCGGGUCAGCCCGUUUAACUACACUCCCAGCCCCCGGAAGAGCAAUGUUGACACCACCACCACAGCCACGCCCACCACCACCACCACCACAUCAUCAUCCACCACAGCCACACGGCCGUCGCUCAUUCCCACACCAGUCACCAAGAAACGAGAGCCUAAAGGCGGCGAGGGCGGUGGAACCAGCGGGGGUGGUGGCAGUGGCGAGCGUGGCUCCUACAUCGUGACAUCGGUGUAAACAGUGGCACAGUGGACGAGUGUAAAUAUGGCAAACUGAACUAGUCCCACCCCCUUACCUGCCUCCUUUCACUCACCUGUCAGUCAAGCUUCUUAUUGGAUGAGAGACUUAAAAAAAACUUUUUAUGUUUUUAUACCACUCAAACGUGUAGCGCUUAGCUCCGCCCCUCUCUGCCUGUGCCCCUGCAUGGUCCUGCCCCCUCCCUUAACAAUGAUGGUAACCAUGGCGACAUAAUGAUGAAUAUAUUGAUGCUGUUUCUGCUGUAACGUGAUUGGACGAGCUCGUGGUUUUACAGGAGUGGUUCUGAAAAGGCGACUUUUCCUCCAUGUCUGAUCAUGCCAAACAGUUUAAAUCAGCGGGAGAUAAUUGAUAAUUGAUAAUUGGCUCUUGAUCAUUGAUUAUUUUAUUGAUCAGUAUUAAAGUCAUCAUUUGAAGUUAUUUAUCAAGUUAUCAUUUGUCAUUAUCAUAAUGUUUAAUCUGAGCCCUCGUUAACUAGACCUCGUUAACCAGACCUCGUCAACUAGACCUUGCUAACUAGACCUUGUUAACUAGACCUUGUUAGCUAGACCUCGUUAACCAGACCUCGUCAACUCGACCUUGCUAACUAGACCUUGUUAACUAGACCUUGUUAGCUAGACCUCGUUAAUCAGACCUCGUCAACUAAACCUUGCUAACAAGGCCUCAGUAACUA